AUGCCCCCACGGACCAAACAAACCUGCAAGAAGUCGACUGGUGGCGCAGCACCUCGUGUCACCCUCAACGUACCUUGUGCCGUUUCAACAGUUGCAAGGGUAGAAGUGGGGACUAUGGAGAUUGAGGAGGAGGAGAGAACAGAUCAUAAUAAUUUCUGUCUUGUUUGUCGCGACGGAUCAGUGGAUGAGCACUAUCUGUACAUGUGUGACUCGUGUCCACGCACUAUGUGCUCCCACUGCCUCCAGAUCAUGCCUCGUCACCAGGACAUUAUUUCUGGAGUUGGCGUCAAAUUCUUCUGCAUUUCCUGCCAUGUCCAAGCGCAACAACAUGGCCGCCGCCCCCAGAAUGCUUACUUUGGAUUUUACCGUGACGGGAAGCCCGUUUUUGACACCUUCCUUCAGAUCCGCGGGGCGCUUGAGUUGUCCCACCAAGCACAGGUUUCGGCCGAAACUGUGCUUUUCGUCCAUCUCAACCUCAUCGACAACGACACGACGGGCGGGCCUUUCAAACUCGCGCACGAUUUUCUCAUGCCUUACUUUCCUAAUGGCGGAAUCAGUUUUCGUGAGGUCACCUUUGACGUCGGCUCAGAUUCGAAGAUCGUCAAGUUUCAUUCUAUGGUCGACAAACUCGUCCUCGAACUCUUGGCUUUCCCUGGCGGUUGGAAACGCAUUAUCUUUGGGGUCUCCGACCAUACCGACAAUACCUUGGGCGACCCUUAUGUAGGCUACGAGGGCAAGAAGAAAAGUUAUAUUGCUACUCCAGUCAAUACUUUUCUGGACAUCAUGCUUGGGCCGUUCAAGGACCUCAUCAACGUUGCCGACGAAUCGUACCUAUGGCUGUUUUGUUGCGGCGCUAUUGUCAACAACUCCGAGAGCUUUGCAAACUUGAAGACCUCAGUACUCGGAAAUCAACUUUCCGCUACUGUAGCCUUCAAUGCAGUACGUUUCCAGCCAAGCUUCGCCACACAUCUCCUUCUCGCAUUCAUCGAGCGUGUCAUCAUCGAGCGAUUCUCUAUCAGCCACGCAUUCCCUCUUAUGCUGACUCACUCUCUCAACUUGGGUCGGCACUCCGACAUUUUAUUGUUGGUGAAGAAUUCCGACUCAUUGAACGUCAUCAAGUUCGCAUGGACCCAUACUGUGUUCCGCCCUUGGGGGCAGUACCUUCCUGUUCAAUGCCCCAAGUACUGGACCAGUAGCUUCAGAGCUAUCCUUGUUGGUUAUAAAUCCAAGUUCUUGGCUGCCAAAGAUUCAAAGUCGGAGCGGUCUCGCGUGAUCAAGAAAAUUCGAAAGGCCAUAGCAAUCAAAAAAUACUAUGGACGAAAAUUUGACGAAGAAGAAUCUGAUGAGGAAGGAGCUGCAAAGGCAAGGGAGAUUAGUGCCCGUCCAAAGGAAGCUGCUUUCUAUAAGAAAAGGCUGACCGACUGGGACGUGGCUCAGAGAUUGUUUAGGCAAGAAAUGGAUGACUUCAACAAGGCAGAGCAGGCGAGAAAAGGUGUGAAGGAUCCCAUCAAGUUUCGUACUCGUCAUGCGCGAGAAUGGUUCAACCAAAUGUCAUUGACACAGAAGAAAGAAGUCAAUUAUGCACGAGAGAAGUGGAACACAGAGGGGGCACCGGAAGAAAGCCAGGUUAUGUAUCGUAAGAAUAAUCUCAAGAAAGUCCUUGAAGAUUUUUCUGAACAACUUCGUCGGACUAUGGGUUGCCACACCGUCAUGCUUGUCAGUCACAAGAAACCAGCAAAUCAGACCUUGAACAUCACCUUACACGAAUCUCAGCCUCAGAAUGUCAAAAAAAGUUUCUCAGUAAGCUCAGACGGUAUCAAAGAGUGGACUUCAAAUGGGUUCGAGUUCUUUGCAGAGUGGGCGAAGGGCGAAUUUUACCCAACAGCUGAUACAGACGACAAGGAAGAGGAGGAACAUGGACUACCUGAACUCAUUUUCGACGAUGAAGGCUAUGCGCAACUUCCUGCUUGUGAUGGUAUCCGGCUUAAGGAUCAACAAGAACUCGUAAGAAUGAUUUUUCAUGCUGCAUACAAAGUUUUCACUGGCAGUAGUAAGCCUGUGCCCUGGCGUACCAUCACUCCUUGUCCAUCACAGUAUUUGGCGGCUAGUUCUGUUCCAGAUGAUCUUCUCAUCUGUGACCCCUCUCACAUGAGAGCGAAGGAUAUCAGUGUCAUCUGGAAGUAUUGGGAGAGUCGGAGCCGGGCAAACAAGAGGCUUGUCUCUUUUAUCAAGGCAAGACCAUCUGAUAUGAGACUCAACGGCAGUAAAAGGGACAAAGCGAGUUCUGGGAAGGUGAAACCUGAUCUUGAAGUUACACCUGAAGAAGAACAGGACUGGGCUGUAGCAUCGCCAGCUGAGGUUCCACUUCACUGUCGUUUUGAAUUUUUAGAUGCUCUCAGCACUGAUAGCUCUUACCUGGAGCUCGUAGAUGCAGUCAAGGAUCUUGCUAAGAUGACGAAAAAAAAUUCGGAAACCACAAGAGGAGCUUGA